CGAGAUAUCGUGCUUAUUUAGUGUGCGUGGUGGCGGUGGACCAUCAUGACGAAAGCUUGCACUAAAUCAUAUAAGAAACUGGCACAAGUUCAUCAUAACCAUCUAACAACAAUAUGCCUUCACCCGCCUACAAAUCAUUCGCUCUCGUUGGCGCUAAUGGCGCAGUCGGCAAGCAGAUUUUCGACGCUCUCGUCGCAGCGAACGUCUCUUUCCUUGUCCUCACACGCAAAUCCUCAGACUCUUCCGAUACUCCGCUCCCCAAUGUCAAGGUCGCCAAAGUGGAUUACGAGGAUACCGCAGAAGUAUCUGCUGUGCUCAAGGAUAACGGGGUCGACGUACUGAUUUCAGCUAUCAAUGCGGUGGUAGGGGGCAAGAGCCAGUAUGCUCUGGCAGAUAGCGCCAAGGCUGCGGGCGUCAAGCUGUUCGUGCCGUCCGAGUUUGGGUUUGCCACUGUAGGGGCACCUGCGGGGUUGCUGAAGGACAAGGACGAUUUUGCUAAAUAUCUCAAGAAGAUAGGAUUGCCAUCGGCAAGGUUCUUUACGGGAUUUUUCUACUCUUACCUCCCCCCCCUCGUCGGAUACAUCGUGGACCAGAAAUUCAGCAUCGUCGGGAAGGGUCAAUCGAAGGCGUCCCUCACCGCGCUUGAAGACGUCAGCGGUUUUGUGGUCUAUGUUCUGACGCACCUGCCAGCUGAGCAGUUAAACGACAAGAUAUUCCGCCUACAAGGCGAGGGGCUGACGCUGGUGGAGGUUGCUGCUAGGGUAGGCCUUCCACCUAAUCAUGUCGACAAGCUUCCUGGGAACUUGGCCGUGUCGUUCUUGGCCCAACUGCAAGGACUGAUUGAGAGUGGUGGAGGCUCUACUGGGUGGGAUUACGAGGCAAACAAGGAAGGCGCGGAUAAAGCUGGAAGUGCAAAUGCGUUGUGGCCCGGGCAUGAGUGGAAGGCCAUAACGCCUGCCAUCUUUAGCAAGUAGUGGGCUGUCGUUGAUGCGCACUGAUCAUCAGUAUCAAUGUCGCCAGUCGUUCAAGGUCGAUUAUGAAAUAAAG